GAGAGAGAGAGAGAGAGAGAGAGAGAGAGAGAGAGAGAGGACAGGCAGAGAACAGCGUUAUAGAGAGGAGCACGAACAAGAUAACAGGAGAUACGCGUGGGAACAGCAGCCCACUUGAUAGAGACAGAGCAGGGUUCGCAAAACGAACAUCUCCGAGCCCGUGGGUCUGUCUUUCUGUGUGUGUGUGUGUGUGUGUGGGUGUAAUCUCAGUGUGUUUCCACGGUUCUCCUGAGGCCGUGGCAGCCAUGGCGUCAGAGCCUAGCACCCAGUCCAGGGUGAUGUUCCAGGCAACAGACAAAACAGAGGAGCCGGCGCACCGCAAGCUGGGCAAGCUGACAGUCAAAUACAACCGCAAGGACCUGCAGAGGAGGCUGGACAUCGAGGAGUGGAUCGACGGGCAGCUGCACCUGCUGUUUGACUGCGAGGAGGAAGAGAUUCCCGAGUUAGAGAUUGACAUAGACGAGCUCCUGGAGCUGACAGGCGAGGGGCAGAGAAGCCGUCUGCAGGAGCUCUUGCAGGAAUGCGGAAAGCCAAAAGAGGAAUUUAUCAAGGGGCUGCUCUACAGGAUAAAGGGUCUACGCAAAAUGUCAGGUCCCUUGAAGAAAUAAUUAUAGGUCAAAUAAAGAAUUGAGCCAAUUUGGAGCCUCUUAUCUUCCCAUCUCCCACGCGUCAACUGUAACAUGUCAGUGGGACUCUCCUCCGCCCUCCCUUCCUGGGUCAGCAUCAGUCUUAACACCAGAGCAGUCAGGUUUUGAAUGGAAUUUUUUAUUAUCAUUUCACUUUAAUUUAUGGACUGCUAACAUUUUGUCUCCAGUAAACAUAACAAUAAUCCACAUGUGAUAAAAGUUGUACGGACAAUUGUUUUUGUGUAAGACUGUACAUUUUCGGUUGCCUAUUUAUGUACAUAAAUAUUUUUGUUCCAAUAACAGUGUUGUAUGUCGAAAUAAAAUUGAACAUUUUCAAGACA